AUGCCUCGAUGGCCUCUGGAGAGAGAAUAUGGGUGGAUGGAGAUUGAAAUGGGUGAGUUUUACAGUGAGAAGGAAGGGGAUGAGAAUAUUGUUUUUAUUGUAUUAGAGGUUGAUAAUCACAACCCUAAACAUGGCAUCGUUAUUGAAGGAAUUGAGCUUAAGCCUAAAGAUGGAAUUUCAGCAACAGCAACUUCAAGAAAUAUUAUCUUGAAGGAAUUUUCAAGCUUUUUCCUACAUUUAGGGCUACACUUGCAUGAGUAA